GAAGUUGUUGGGCGCUAGGCCGGCUGGCGGGAGGGCGAGCGGGCUGCGGGCCGGCGGGCGGACCGGGCCGGGGUGGACAAGUUUGCGCGGCGGCUCGUGAGCGCAGGGUGCGGGCCCCGCCGGCCGCUGCGCGCCCGCUGCCAUGGCUUUCCGCAGGAGGACGAAAAGUUACCCGCUCUUCAGCCAGGAGUUCGUCAUCCACAACCAUGCGGACAUCGGCUUCUGCCUGGUGCUCUGCGUCCUCAUAGGGCUUAUGUUCGAGGUCACUGCCAAGACUGCCUUCCUAUUUAUUUUACCUCAGUAUAACGUUAGUGUGCCUACAGCAGACAGCGAGACCGUGCACUAUCACUACGGGCCGAAGGACCUGGUCACCAUCUUGUUCUACAUCUUCAUCACCAUCAUCCUGCAUGCUGUGGUUCAGGAGUACAUUUUAGACAAAAUCAGCAAACGGCUUCAUCUCUCUAAGGUCAAGCACAGCAAGUUCAAUGAAUCUGGACAGCUGGUCGUGUUUCAUCUCAGCUCGGUGGUCUGGUGCUUUUACGUGGCGGCGACGGAAGGAUAUCUAACAAACCCGAGAAGCCUCUGGGAAGACUACCCACACGUGUACCUCCCCUUCCAGGUGAAGUUUUUCUACCUGUGCCAGCUGGCCUACUGGCUGCAUGCACUUCCUGAGCUGUACUUCCAGAAGGUACGGAAGGAGGAAGUUCCCCGCCAACUCCAGUACAUCUGCCUCUACCUGGUGCACAUCGCCGGCGCGUACCUCCUCAACCUGAGCCGCCUGGGGCUGAUCCUGCUGCUGCUGCAGUACUCCACCGAGCUCCUCUUCCACAUGGCCCGGCUCUUCUACUUCGCGGACGAGAACAACGAGAAGCUGUUCAGUGCCUGGGCUGCUGUGUUUGGGGUCACCCGCCUCUGCAUCCUCACCCUCGCCGUGCUGGCCAUCGGCUUUGGACUUGCUCGCGUGGAAAACCAAGCUUUUGACCCCGAGAAAGGGAACUUUAACACCUUACUUUGCAGGCUCUGCGUGCUGCUGCUGGUGUGCGCUGCCCAGGCCUGGCUCAUGUGGCGCUUCAUCCACUCCCAGCUGCGGCACUGGCGGGAAUACUGGACCGAGCAGAGCGCCAAGCGGAGAAGCCCAGCGGCCCCUAGACUACCAUCAAGGCUCAUCAAGAGGGAAUCUGGUUACCACGAAAACGGAGUGGUGAAAGCAGAGAAUGGAGCCUCCCCACGGACUAAGAAACUCAAGUCUCCUUAAGGCCAAAGUGCUGAGAACAGGAAUCCUCUCUGGGGCCAGCAGGCAGCGGGAGCUCGGCCUCCGUCCCGCCCCCUCCUGCUCGCGAGGCUCCAUCUGAACCGCAGGAACCUGUCUUUAAACGGACCGUUCCUCUUUCUCACUUCUUGGCUUUCUCUCAUUCUCCGUACAUCGUUCUCAAUAAAACCAAAAAUCUCCCCGUCCCUCAGCCACCUCCUCUCGGCUCUGCUGGGUGCUCUGGACCCAGGUUCUCGCGGUCCUCUUCUGCCGCGGCCGCUGUCCCCUGCUUCACGGCUGCUGCUUUCUUCUCCGCGUCUCUUCCACGUCGCGCAGUUUUUCUGUCUUGAUUUUUACCAUGAGGGAGCUGAGAUCGUAGUCCUGGCCCCUCAGCCCCGGCGUCGGCCCAGGACCUGUCAGAGUCUAGAAGCCUCGUCCUGAGAAGCCUGCGCCUGGGCCAGCAGCGGCCCGGGUCCCCGUGUGGAUGGGCAGGAAGAGGAGAGACCGGCCCUCUUGGUGCUGACAGACGAGGUGCGUUUCCAGUUCUGCGUGCACUGUCCAGAGGCCCGCGGCGGCGCCGCCGCUCCCGGUGAAAACGCCCAGGCACUGGCUUGGUGACCCGACGGCUGGGUCCAGAAGACGGCUUGCCAGUGGCUGGCCCUGCGCGGGCCCAGCUGCCCUCGCCCUGCUGAGGAGGUGCAGGGUGUAGGACAGGUCUCCCCACUCUCCAGAGCGAGAGCAGGCGUGCGGAACAGCCGCUCUCCCGCGAAGGGACAGUGGGGCCGGCCCAGGCCUGCCUUCAGCAGCCCCGCUGCACCUGCUUUGCCAGCCGUUCACCAGCAUCCGGAACCAGAUCUGACAGCCGUGAAAGCCGGCCGGGCACGUGCCAGUCCGCAGCCCAGGCCCAGGCCGUCCUGUCAGGGCCAGCCCUGCUGCCUGGCUUCAUCUCUGCACCCACGGGAACAGCCGCCCCGGGAGGGCACCGUGCCGGUCGGCCCUGGCCCCUGGUCGAGUGUUGUUGGAACUGUCGUCGUCGUCGUCUGCUGACGCUGAGCACGCCCCGCUGUCGAUGGGGUUAACAGGACAGGCUGGCUGGGUGAGCAGACCGUGCCGAGGCCUGGUGCUGUCCUUCACUUAGUCCUACCUUCCUCCCGAGGCGAGGCCUCCGUGUCCUGCUGGGCCUUGUCGGCUUCCACAGAAGGGCGGGCCCUCAGAGGUCCUGUGUAAGAACUGAACCCCGUGCUGCGGUGAUGGGAGCCCUUCUUGUGGGUGCAGGGAUGUGAGGGUCAUCUGAAGGGCUGGCCCUCUUUCUGACAUCACAGUAGAAGCCAAGCUUUGGAUUACUGUCCAGAAUGGGGAGAUGGGUCUUUCAUCACCUGCAUCCGAGAUCAGUUUUAAAUCCCCAGAGGCUGAGGGAUUCGUUUCCUAACACCAUGUAGACCCUCAUCUCUCAGGAUCAGGUGCUGCUUCUGGUUCCUCUCGGGAAGGGGGACAGUGUUUCUGAAAACAGGCACCUCUCCCUUUCUCUGACACCUCUCUGGCCUGCAAGGCGGAACCAUAGUAAAAGGGUGGCCUGGUGGCUGCUGAUGGCCGUUCCGCCCGCAGCCUCCCCACCUGCCCCGGGCGCUCCCUGGGCAGGAGGCGUCCUCAGGUGAGCUCUGUUCAACGGGAGUGGGUCCUUCAGCAGAGCUGGGGUGGGUGCGAGAGCAGCUCCGAGUGCCCCGCGGGGCCACCACCUGGGGCCAGGUGGCUUCAGCUCCGUUGUCCAGGGCACGGAUUGUUCAGUGAGGAAGGGGAGUCAGAUCUCUGUUCUGUAAACACCUGAGACAGGAAGGCCAGCAUCUCACCCACGGGGCUUUGGCAGUGAUCUGAGGGAAGGGGUAAGAGGGUCAUUGUAGGGUGCAUGUCACCCCACGGCGUUCCGGGCACAUUUCUUUCAGAGCAGAGCCAAGUCUUUGGCAGGUUGGCUCAAACCAUGUCGCCAGCGGCCAGAAUAGCUCGAUUCCACCCCAUUCCGUGAGCUCUUUGGGCUGGCUUGUCCUGGUUGGGCCACUUUGGCUCUUUCCUUCCAUCUGAAACACUCCCGAGCGUGCGAACCGCCAGCCGGGGCCCUGUGAGACACCCCGCGUGGGAGAGGCCGGCUCGGUGCCACCCGCAGAGCGCAGGCUCCUCGGCCUCAGCAGCCGCUGCCCCUCCACACCUCUGACGGGCACCGCUGGGGACAGCCAGGCCGACGGCAGGAGAGGAGCAGAGGGGCCGAUUCCCUCCUUGGAGGCUCAGCGAUGGGAAAGUUAUUUUUACCAUCCAGGCCCUGGGAGCUGCACUAUUAAUAAGUCACAUGUGUCCCUUUAGAAGGUAGGGGACAGUUCUGAGGGAAGGGGAGCAGGCCGAGCCAAGAGGGGGCUGCUGCUCCCAUCUAGUCAGUUCUGGCCCUGUGCGUGUCUGCGCCCCCAGACCGAAGUCAUUGCCAAGAGAACCGUGUCCAUUUGUCCAGGGCAGAACCUAACAACAUUUCAGAAACCCAGAUAGCCAUCUGUGCUCCGGCCUCUCUGUCGGACCUCAGCCCCUCGGACCCUGGACGCCCCAGAAGCUUGGGCUGGCUCUUCCAGGGGUGUGUGCUGCUGGGUCAUCUUGGGGGACCUUCUUCCUCAGUGCCC